AUGGCGUGGGAAAUGCUAACGGUGGAAGACAGAGCUAUCCGAGGCCAUGCCGUCUGUCGCGGGCGCGUGGUGAGAGUCCCGGCGGGCAGCCUGGUUCGGGUGGUGGGCACCGAGCUGGUGAUCCCCUGCAACGUCAGCGACUACGAUGGCCCCAGCGAACAGAACUUUGACUGGAGCUUCUCCUCUUCGGGGAGCAGCUUCGUGGAGCUCGCCAGCACCUGGGAAGUGGGCUUCCCAGCACAGCUGUACCAGGAGCGGCUGCAGCGGGGCGACAUCCUGUUGAGGAGAACCGCCAACGAUGCUGUGGAACUGCACAUAAAGAAUGUCCAGCCCUCGGACCAAGGCCACUACAAGUGCUCCACCCCGAGCACAGAUGCCACCGUCCAGGGCAACUAUGAGGAUACAGUGCAGGUUAAAGUGCUGGCAGAUGCCCUGGUGGUGGGCCCCAGCUCCCGGCCCCCUCCAGGCCUGAGCCUGCGUGAGGGAGAACCUUUCGAGCUGCGAUGUGUUGCGACUACGAUGUCACCGCUGCACACUCACCUGGCACUGCGCUGGGAACUGCACCGUGGCCCCGUGCACCGCAACAUCCUCUCCCUAAGCCACGAGGGCCGGUUUCACCCAGGCCCUGGCUAUGAGCAGCGCUACCAUAGUGGGGAUGUACGCCUGGACACAGUGGGCAACGACGCCUACCGCCUCUCCGUGGCCCGGGCACUGUCUGCAGACCAGGGUUCCUACAGGUGUGUGGUCAGCGAGUGGAUCACAGAGCAAGGCAGCUGGCAAGAAAUCCAGGAAAAAGCCGUGGAAGUGGCCACCGUGGCGAUCCAGCCGACAGCUCUGCAAUUGGCUGUGCCCAGGACGGUGUCUGUGGCUGUAGGGAAGGACCUGGGCCUUUCUUGCAACAUUACGACAGACCGUGUGGAUGAUAUCCGACCCGAGGUGACAUGGUACUUCAGAAAGACACCCGAUGCCUCCUUGCUGACUUCCCACAUGCUGGCUCGGCUGGACCGUGACUCCCUGGUACACAGCUCACCACACGUUGCUCUCAGCCAUGUGGAUACCCGCUCCUACCAUCUACUGGUGCGAGAUGUUAGCAAAGAAAACUCUGGCUACUACCUUUGCCUUGUGGCCCUCUGGGCUCCUGGACACAACAGGAGCUGGCACAAGGUGGCAGAGGCCAUGUCUGCCCCGUCCAGUGUAAGCGUGACGUGGCUAGAACCAGAAUACCAAGUCUACCUGAAUGCUUCGAAGGUCCCUGGAUUUUCAGACGACCCUACAGAACUGCAAUGCCGGGUGGUGGACAUGAAGCGUUUGGAGGCCGGUGUCCGACUUACCGUGUCGUGGUACUACAAAAUGAACCGUCGCAGUGACGACGUGGUGACCAGUGAACUUCUUGCAGUCAUGGAUGGGGACUGGACUCUAAGAUACGGAGAGAGGAGCAAGCAGCGGGCCCAGAGUGGAGAGUUUAUUUUUUCUAAGGAGCACACUGACACAUUCAGUUUCCGGAUCCAAAGGACUACAGAGGAAGACAGGGGCAGUUAUUACUGUGUUGUAUCUGCCUGGACCAGGCAGAGAAACAACAGCUGGGUAAAGAGUAAGGACGUCUUCUCCAAACCCGUCAACAUAUUCUGGGCCUCAGAAGAUUCUGUGCUCGUGGUGAAGGCACGGCAGCCAAAGCCCUUCUUUGCCGCGGGGAACACGUUUGAGAUGACUUGCAAAGUGUCUUCCAAGAAUAUUAAGUCACCGCGCUACUCUGUGCUCAUCACGGCUGAGAAGCCUGUUGGGGACCUCUCCAGUCCCAACGAAACCAAGUACAUCAUCUCCCUGGACCAGGACUCUGUGGUGAAGCUGGAGAACUGGACAGACGCAUCGCGGGUGGACGGCGUGGUGUUAGAGAAGGUUCAAGAGGAUGAGUUUCGAUACCGAAUGUACCAAACUCAGGUCUCUGACGCAGGGCUGUACCGCUGCGUGGUGACAGCCUGGUCUCCUAUUGGGGGUAGCUUGUGGCGAGAAGCGGCGACUAGUCUCUCCAAUCCCAUUGAGAUUGACUUCCAAACCUCAGGUCCCAUAUUUAAUGCCUCUGUGCAUUCGGACACGCCGUCAGUCACCCGGGGAGAGCUCAUCCAACUCUUCUGUAUUGUCACGCUGGAAGGAGCCGUGCUGGACCCAGACGACAUGGCUUUCGACGUAUCCUGGUUUGCAGUACACUCCUUUGGUUUGGACAAAGCUCCCGUCCUUCUGUCCUCCCUGGACCGGAAGGGAGUCGUGACUACAGGCCUGAGGGAUUGGAAGAGUACUCUCAGUCUGGAGCGAGUGAGCGUGCUGGAAUUCUUGCUGCAAGUGCAUGGCUCUGAGGACCAGGACUUUGGCAACUACUACUGUUCUGUGACUCCAUGGGUGAAGUCACCAACAGGUUCCUGGCAGAGGGAGGCCGAGAUCCACUCCAGGCCUAUCUUUAUAACUGUGAAGAUGGACGUGCUGAAUGCCUUCAAGUACCCGCUGCUGAUCGGCGUGGGCCUGUCCACAGUCAUCGGACUCCUGUCCUGCCUCAUCGGAUACUGCAGUUCCCACUGGUGCUGUAAGAAGGAGGUGCGGGAGACGCGUCGGGAGCGCCGCCGGCUCAUGUCCAUGGAGAUGGAUUAAGCAGCGGAGAUGGAAGGACAGAGGAACAGUGUAGGAAUGGCGGGGGUGAGAAGAGGACCAGUAAUACUUUACAACCAAGUGUGUUACACGAAAUCCAGUCCUCUCUAAUCUCAGGUGGGACUUGGCGCUCUCUCUUUUCUGCAUGUCAAGUUCUGAGCGCGGACAUGUUUACCAGCACACGGCUCUUCUUCCCACAGCACUUUCUGAUACGUAACAAUCGAGUGUGUGUUUCCCCAGCUGCAGCUUUUCAACGGUUAACCCUGGUCUAAUUAGUUUCCUCCUAGCAGCUUCUCAACCCUCUCAUUUGUGUGUGCUGAUCGCUUUUGAUUUGAGGGAUUGCGGUGAGGAGGGCUGAAGGUGUUCAGAGUUGGUCAUCGCGGGUGAGCGGGUACCUGCCCACCUGAGAGCUAGCAUCCGGAUGCUAGGGGCUGGCAUCUGUAGAGUUGCUGCCUGCUGCCCUCCCUGCUGUCCCGGAGCUGAUAAAGACCUGCACCAAAGGCAAGCUGUGGUUUUGAUUACCCUGCCCAGUCCCCAUUUUCAAGAGUUUAAACUCUGUUAGAACCUAAACUCAGCGUCUGUGACUUCUUGAUUCCUAUGCCCUUUGUGCUUCCCCCCCUUCUCCACCCUCUUCUGUUUUCGGGUUUGUUUCUGUGAGAGUGAGGAAAUGGCAGCCCUGGAGUCUAGAAUCUGGCUUUCCACCAAGCACCUUAUCUCGCCACCUUAGCCUUAAGAAUGAGUAUGAAGAAAAAUCCACUGCCACCUCUGUUCAGGGCAGGUCUGCGAGCAAGAGGCCACUGGGGGCAAGGAAAGGAAGAGAUGCUCUCUCUCUCCCUGACAGCUCAGGGGCCACUGCGCUCCAGAGAGCCCAGGGGAGGGGAGGAGCUGAGGGCAUCUGAGUUAUACAGCUGAGCCAGGCGCCCUGUCCCUUCAUGAGAGGCACUGUCGCUGGGGGCCGCAGGACCUGCAUGGGAGCCACAGUGUGCCACACCCUCCACUUGCCUCGCAAGCUCCUUCACACAAAAGCAGACUGCAGCCUGCAAUCCUGACUGACUUCAAGGAAUCAGAAAUUGCUUAGAGCAAGCGUGUGUUUUCUGUGACCUUUUCAGUCCUUGAAGUCCUUUUAAGAUCCCUGCAGGGGGGUAGUGAAGAGGGGUAUAUUUUGUGGAUGUUUGCCUUCCUAUUAGAAAUAUGAAGGGAACCCAGCAAUUUACUGUCAUGUGAAUGGCCUGUAAAAUCAGGUUGAGAGCAGCUGGCUCUGCCUGACUGGGCACAGCAGGAAUUAGGACAUCAGACAGACACACCUUCCAGGUCUUCAUCAGGGCCUCAGCCACCCAGUCUCAACCUAGCACAGCACUGGCCACCCACAGGCCUCCCCUGGGUACCAAGGCUCACUGCCAACUGAUGCCCUUGCUUGUCCCUCUGGCUCUGAAGGAUCUGACACUGUUGUCUUCCAAAGGGGGGAAAGAUUCCUUUGUUUUGAGCAAUAAAGUAACACAAAUAGAAGGCCAUUCCCAUGCAGCUCUUUGUCACCGUGGGCCAGGAUGAGCUGAGCCCCCCUCCCCACCUUGUCUCCAUGUGGCCCACGGUGGCAUUUGUGUUCGCCAUCCAGAUUCCUCUGCUUGUUUGGCCCACCCGGGGACUGCUCUGCUCCUGUGCUGAGAUUCUGAGCGGAUGGUUCCAAGUGGGUCCAGCCCAGGUAGAUCCAAGUGUGGAGGUAACAAGAAGAGAGACCGCGUUGCAGCCCACACAACAAGAGAGGCCAGAGGAAGAGGGGGGUCUUGACAGAUAUGGGCGUUUCUAAAUGUCACUUCCUUAACCGCUCAUUCAGACAGAGGUGGGGUACAAGUGAUUGUACACACAGGAAUUAGGGGAGUAGAGCCAGGUACUUCUUUAGUAACAGCCUUUGAGCCCUGCAGUUAUUGAAGAAGACUCAGGGUCAUUGUCGUGUGGUCCUCCUUAGGAGGAGAGAGACUUAGCCUUGGGUGAGACAGGCCCUGGGUGCUGGUGGGCCAGACAGGCACCUGAUGGUGAGACAGAUGAGUGUUCAGGCCUGCCUUCCCCUUUCUCAACUGGUGUUGAGAUUUGAGCCUGAGUUGCAAAGGCCCUGACCUUCACGCCCAGACCCCCAAACUGCUUAGGGCUGGGAGAGGGGCCAGAAGCCCCAGGACCUUAGUUCCUUUAUGGACUAGCAACGUUCUGGGAUGUGAGUCUUUAAGUGUGGUCAAACACUCUUGAUGUACCAAAUAGGGUUCCCCUUGAAGUGUUCUUCCUGAGCCCCGCCCACUCCCCUGAAGUACUGGUGUGACGGAAGGGGAGGCUGAGCCAGGCCUUGGCAAAUGAAAUUGCACUUCUUGAAGAGAAACUUUAUAGAAGGUUGGGUUUUUUCCCCCCUCGUUGCGAAAAUUCCCCCUCCCCCCCGAAAGAGCCUAAGCUCCAUUCAGAUCGAAGCCUAGAAAUUACUUCCAAGUGUUUACUUUACGAUGUUUACACACACGAUUCACUUUUUAAAAAAGAAAAAAGAAAUAGAAUAAGAAAAAUGCAAACUCUGGCUUUUUAACAACCUUUCAGAUUUUUCCUGCAUGGGAUCUGCUGGCCCCCUGACUCACCAGCUGGAUCAAAUCCUCAUUGAGAAAUGUCCCAAUGUGUGUCUCGCCCCCUCCCCCCAGCCACAGGGCUCCCUCCUGCCCGGACCUCUGUUUCUCUGGUGGCUUUUGCCUCCUGCUUUGCAGACUGCCUGCAGCCAUGAUUUUGUUACGGCACCUGUGAGCCAAAGACUGCACCUCUGGAGCAGGAACACUAAGCAAUACUACACGACUCGAUACUUUCGGGGGAAUUUUUUUUUUUUUUUUUUGACAACAGGAAGAAGGGAACUAGGGUUUAGGUGAGUUCUCCUCCGCUGUGUGACCAUAUUCUCAGUGACACACAUGUGCAGCUCACUAGGAGAACAAGGUUGGGUUUCUUUUCUGGUGUACAACACGAGAAUCUGCAGACUUUUCCGUAGACAAAGAGGUCUUGUGUAUUUUCGUCCAUACCCAAUGUUAUACAGACUAAUUGUGUUGUUUUAUACUGUGGCCACAAAUAUUAUGCAACGCACCAUUGGUUUUUGUUUUUUAUUUCAUUAAAGGAAGUUUAAUUUAAA